UGGAACCUUCCAGAAACGCGUUUCGAGUUUUUACAACAUAAUAAAACCACAUCCGUUGAAACCAGAUCCGGUGGGCGCCUCCAUUAAUGAGUGUGUCUUAAAUUCAUUAAAAACAAUUAGGUUAAAUAUAAAUUAACCCAGAAAAUUCAACCAUCCUACAAAGAGGAAGCCCAGUCUCCCAUCUACUCCUACUGGCAAAACAAAAAAAGUCUUCCCUCUCUCUUUCCCUGCGUUGAAUUUCUAUAUUUGUUGUUUUUCAUUUCUGGGUUCUGCAUUUCGUCGGUCGCAGUUUUAUUUUUGGUUGUCUUGUAAAGCUUUUUUAUUUUUUUUAUUUUUUAUUUUGUCAAAGAGUAACGCAUUUUCCCAUGGAUUCUCGGUGGUUUCUCGUGCUUUCUCUCUCUUUCCUUCUCGUUUUCUCCCGUCCGUCACAGGCUUCCGUUAGGAUUCAUGGUUGGCUACGCGAGAAGAAAACGGGCGGAUCGGUGCUUAGAUUGAAGAGUGAUGUUUCCUCUGUUGUUUUUGAUCCCACUCGGGUGACUCAGCUCUCAUGGAGUCCCAGGGCUUUUUUAUACAAGGGAUUUCUAUCAGAUGAAGAAUGUGAUCAUCUUAUUUCUUUGGUAAGUCAGAAAACUAUUUUUCAGUACGAUGAAAUAGUUGCAAGAAUUGAGGCGAGGAUUGCUGCGUGGACCUUCCUUCCUGAAGAAAAUGGAGAAUCCAUUCAGAUACUGCACUAUGAGCAUGGUCAGAAGUAUGAGCCACAUUUUGACUAUUUUCAUGACAAAGCUAAUCAAGCACUGGGUGGCCACCGGGUUGCUACUGUACUUAUGUAUUUGUCUAACGUUGAGAGGGGUGGGGAAACAAUCUUUCCCAACUCAGAGGAAAAAAUAUCCCAGGAAAAGGAUGAAAGCUGGUCUGAAUGUGCGAAACGCGGCUAUGCAGUGAAAACCAGGAAAGGUGAUGCAUUGCUGUUCUUCAGUCUCCAUAUUGAUGCAACUACAGAUUCAAACAGUUUGCAUGGAAGCUGUCCAGUCAUUGAGGGUGAGAAGUGGUCUGCGACUAAAUGGAUCCACGUAAGAUCAUUUGACAAACGAGUAAGACCUUCAGAAAAAGGAGAGUGUGCCGAUGAGAAUGAUAACUGUGUUAUGUGGGCGGAGGCGGGUGAGUGUGAGAAGAACCCUGGUUAUAUGGUUGGUUCUGAUGAAGCUCAUGGGUUUUGUAGGAAAAGUUGCAAAGCAUGCACAUCUUAGUAGCUUCUGUUUUCAGAUCUUCCUUUUGUUCUUCGAUCAGGGAUAAUACAAUCAUUUAAUAGUUGUAUAUAAUGCAAAAUGGGGGACAUCUGUGCAUCUGCACUUUGAUAA